AUGGCACUGUUGCUUCAGAAAUUCGCCAGGUUUCAGAAGCAAACCCCUCCUCUUCGUCAUGAUUCACAGGAGGAACUUGCUCUCUCUGCUUCUCUGCAGGAUUUUCGGUCCCAGAUUUCCAAGUUGGUCACGCAAUUAGGGUUCAGUUUGGGAAAUCCCUCCCCUCCGAACCUUUCUUUGUCCUGGAUCAACAAGUGCUUUGGGCUGUUACCGGCUGCCCACAAGGCGUUUGCGAAUCUGGCUGUUGAUAUCGAUUAUCCGAUCAGUAAGUGGAGCUCUGAUUCUAUCGAAGGGUAUCUCAACUACUGCUUGGGUUUGCUUCAGCUUUUUAAUGUAAUUUCUUCUUCUCUCUCUCACAUCGGUCAAUCUCGGCUUUCUCUGUCUUUUGGGUUGAUUAAGCUCAAGAAAUCGGCUUCUUCCGCGAAAGAUCAUCUGAAGGGAAUUGAAAUCGGUUCUGGCAAGAAUCAUAACAAGAUUACCCACAAUUUGGAGGGUGGAUUUAGCAGUGGAAGUGAGAAAUCAAAGGAUUUCUCUGGGAAAGAAAGGGUUCUUGGAGAGGCUAUUAGUGAGCUAAGAAGUGUAGGAUUCUGGGUGUGUGGAAUUGUUCUCUCAGCUGUAGCCGGCGAUGCCGGCUCGUAUAUGGAAAUCAGGAAAAAAUCAUGCGUGUUUCCUGGAUCUCGCUCGGUUCUUCUCCCACUAGAUUCAAAAAUCGGUGAGAAACUCCCGGUUUUGAAGGAGGUGAAAGAGAUCAACGAUGCUGUGGGUGAUCUUCUUGCUGCUUCCGACUCUGAAGAUGCUGCGAAAGAUGAUGCGGCCCUGGAGUUACAAAAGAAGGUGGAUUCGUUCCAGAAAGGACUGGACGAUCUGAGCAAGGAGGUUGAUGAUAUGUUUAACAAGGUCAUGACACAGAGAAACGAAUUGAUUGACUGCUUCAGAUUCAGAGACCGAUCACCUAGGAAAAAAUCCGUUGCUUGA